AUGACAAGCCUCGAUGAAGAUGACGGUAGUGUGGAGGACAAGUUGUUUCUCAAAGUCCUGAUUGCUCUCGUUGUUCUCUGUUCCUUUUUUGGCAAUUCUGUUCUCAUCCACCUCAUUCGAACAGAGAACCUUCUGAAGACAACCACCAAUCAUCUUGUUUUAUGCCAGGCAGUGGCUGACAUUUUAAUUACAGUAAUAAGAUUACUGCAUUUGGCACUACGUAAAGAAUUUGUCAUGGGGUAUUAUUGGUUUGGAGGAAUACUUGGUCUCAUAACUUGCAAGUCCUAUUUUCUGCUCCAAUUUGCUACACCGGUGUUUUCAAUAUGGCUUUUGACACUGAUUGCAGUGGAACGUUUAUUUGCAGUAACUCGUCCUUUGCAAUGUUCUCCUCUGUCUCAUCAUUUGAAAAAAACGAUAUCUGUGAUUGGAAUUUGGUCUUUAGCUUCUUUUACAGACAUCAUUGUGCAUGGAAAAGUGACAAAUUAUGAGGAACGUUAUUAUUGCGGUGUUACAUUUUCGGGGACAACACUUGUUUUUUGUGCAACAAACAUUUUUUUUUCUCAUAUUAUCAUAUCAGCUUUUUACGCGAUUGUGUGUUAUAAACUUUGCUCACGGAAGGUUCCAGGAGAAGGGAACAGUCAAAAUCAAAGACAAGCCGAAGCAAGAAAGACAGCCAGAAAAGUUACCUUGAUGAUGAUUGUGAUUGUAGUAUUAUUCAUGAUCUCAUGGGGUCCCUCAGAAAUCGUACUUGUUUUGCAGAUCUUGAAAAUCUCUUCCAUAUCUACUAUUUCGGUAGACAUUGGUAACUUGACUCUUCUUUUCAGCAGUUUAAAUCCUUACAUUUAUUUCACAUUUAAUCAGAGCUUUCGAAAGGCUUUUAGGGCUCUGUUUGUUCGAUGUUCUCGAAAAAUUGAAAUUCAUCGUGUUAUUCCCUUUCGAUCUCGAAGCACUGAGUUGCAGCAAAUAUGAAAAGGCUAAAGAAUUUUAUGAAGUGACUGUUAUUGCUGACCCUAGAGUUAAAAUUUGAAUAGACAGCUUUAAUUCGAAGUAAUUCCAGCAUUAUAAAUUGGUUUGUUGGCAUUGCAGUUGUAUGAAAUAUUUUUCAUACACAGUAAACACUCUUUGCCAUUUGGUUUUAAGCAAUCAAAUAGGGACGCGCCCACGGGCCGAUGGAAAUCACUUUAAGAGAUGUGGUACACAAAGGAAGCAUCAAGUAAUUUUAUUUCGUGAACGAAGUAAAAGCUUUGAAACGGUUCUCAAAUCUUCCCCCCUGAACAGGAGCAAAAAUUAAAAACACAAAGUUCGUUCUAAUCAGAAAUGAAAAAAAAGUUUACAAAAUAUGUAUUGUUUUAUGUGACAAUGAAAGUUCAGUUGCUUUUCAAGUAAAAGAGAGCAUGAAGAGCAGUCAAAAUUUUAUGAUUACAAAGUUAUGUUUAUUUUGAAGAGUGCCACACACUACGGAAAUAAAAACUGCAAUUUUUAAUUUAUAUUUGUACGAUGGGAGUUUCAAAUUAGAAAUCCCCUAUAUGAAUUUUAAUCCCAAAUAAAUUAUUGAUAAAAUGAAGAAAUAAACUCAAAUAUAUGUCAUUAUAAAAAAAAACAUGUAAAUAAUUAAAUGAUAUACACGAAAGGAAUUUUUCGUCUUUGCUUUACUACUAUAUUAUAAUCGCUGUAAUCUCCUAAGAGGUUUCGCUGUAGAGAAUAUUUGAGGUAAAUAUCUGGGCAUACGCUUGAAAGCUUUACGUCAGUUUAAUGAGAUUGUAAUCACAGUAGAGGGAGAAAUGUUUAAGAUGAAAUUCUUGCAGUCACUUUAUGCAUUAUGAAUCAAAUUUGCGGUAAUCAAAUUCAAUAUAAACCGUAGUGUUUGACUUCUAUAUAUAAAUAAACUAACUUUCCCAUCAACCUUCACUUUAAACCACUCAACUAUAAUCAAUUGUUAUGAGGUUAUACCGGAAAAAGGAAGUCCUUUUAAUCACAGAUCGUUCUGUAAGGAAAGCACUUCGUGAAAAAACCGACCCAGGUAUUGCCUCAAGAAACUCACUGAGUAAAAAAUAUUUUUUAAGGCCGAUACGAUCUUUGAUGUUUGAUAGUCUACAUAGCGUGAAGACAGACCCGCGAAAUGAACUCUAUCCUUCGUUACACAGGUACUGAUAAGAUCUGUUACCACAAAAUCUUUUUUCAUAGUAUUUAACUCUGAUUCAAUUCUUUUCCUAUUCUCAAAAAUAUCAUUCUUCAAAACUCCUAGAUUUUGGGUUUUAUUAUGUCUUGUUGAUUACGCAUGGUGUGUGCGGCUAAAAGGGAAGUCAUACUUUCAGAACCAUCUUCAUUCUUUUAAACCAUUCAAGAAAUACGCCUUACUCGAUGGUUUGAACAUAAAAAACGCGCGGAUAUUUUGCGAGUUACGUAGCAUUCACGGGGUCUGUUUUCAGAGCCCCGUGGGCGAGGAAAAAUACGAGCAAUGACCAGGAUGUCCGCUCCGCUCGUAUUAUUUAUGUUAAACCAUCGAUAGGUGAUUUAUUACUAUGCUAUUGCUUAGUUUUCUAGGUUUCUGGCCUCUAGUUUUUAAAUUUUUAUUCGGUCUCAUCUAAGCGUAGUGCCGAUUGCAAAAGGCGUGCGUGAAAGAAGAAAACAACACAAAGAAACCAUUCAAGUGUGCUUGACGACCAAAAGAGAUUCUUGUGGGCUUCGUAGUUCGUUGCUAAAAAAACAUGAUGUCAUAAAAAAAGGAAUAGAAGGCAAAGAUCGUGCAGAUCGUUUCUGUCCGUAUUUUGCCCUAUUUCACAAUGUAACACCUUGGUAUAUUUGUUACGUUCCACACACGCAUCCAUUAAAAUGAUGCGCAAGCAGAAAAAAUAAAUCAUAUUAUUUCCAUAUUUCUCUCAUAGAGAAUGCAACAAGCGUCAUUGAGGUACCAAAUAUUGACUUCAUGAUUCCGUUUACUCUUCCUUUUCUUGGUUCAAUAUUCGGCAAUUCCGUCCUCAUCCACAUCAUACGAACAGAUAACUCUCUGAAGACCACUAUGAACUGCCUGAUUCUAUACCAAGCAGUGGCCGACCUUUUGAUAUCAGUAGCAAGGCUGAUAGAUAUUUCACUUCCUAUUAGUUAUACACUUGGAUAUCUCUGGUUUGGCGGCCUCGCGGGUACCAUUACUUGCAAGUUUUAUCAUUUUUUGCUGCUUCUUCCACCGGUGUUUUCAGUUUGGCUCUUAGUCAUGAUUGCUGUUGAGCGCUUCUAUGCAGUAACUCGCCCCCUGCAAUUAUCACCUCUGUCACGUCAUUUGAAAAAAUUCAUUAUUGGAAUAUGGAUUUGGUGUUCAGCUUCUUUGUUAGACAUCAUUGUACAUGGAUUUUCGACAAAAAAUGGAGAACGUUAUUAUUGCAAUUUGAAAUUUUGGUGGAUAUCGAUGGCUUUCUGUCUGUUUAAUACUGUUAUUUGUCUUUUUCUGAUUGCUGUCCUGUACGCAAUCGUGAGUUACGAACUGUGGCUACGUAAGGUUCCAGGAGAAGGAAACAGUCGUAACCAAAGACAAGCCGAAGCCAGGAGGACAGCAAAAAGAAUCACGCUGAUGAUGAUUGGUAUUGUCCUUUUGUAUUUUAUCUGCUGGGUUUCUACAGAAAUGGUGAUCAUAGUGCAUUUCUGGAGCGCGCAGUUGCCAGAAAGCGUUUUUCGACUAGGUAGCAAUUUAAUUGUUCUUUUCAGCUGCUUAAAUCCUUUUAUCUAUUUUACUUUUAUUCAAAACUUUCGGCGUGCUUUUAAGGGUCUGCUUGAAAAUUGCUUUAAAAGGGCUAAAAUUCAUCGUGUUCUAUCCUUUCGAUCCCAAAGCGUAGACCUACAGCAAAUAUGAAAAAAUAAUCUGCGGAAUUGUGGAACUUUCAGCGACUGCCUAUUCGUAGGUAUAGCUAUUUCGAACUAGGUAAUUACAUCCUGAAAAGAAGUUUAUAACCUGUUUCUGUUCGGAAUAAUAUGUGAGAUAGGAUGAAUAUUUUCUCUGCCUGUUGGCUACAAAAUUGUAGAGCAGGUAAAUUUUUACAAACGAAAGUCCAGUGUCUUUUACACCUAAAAUCUGUUAAUCUGUUUCUGUUCGGAAUAGUAUGUGAGAUAGGAUGGACAUAUUCUCUGCCGGUUGGCUACAAAAUUGUAGAGCAGGUAAAUUUUCAACAUCUGAAUACGCACAAACGAAAGUCCAGUAUCUUUCACACCUAAAACUACCUGCGCCAAAAUAUUAUCGAAGAAUGUUCUUAGAGUUCCGUGGAGUUUUUGAAUCAAUGUUAUUGUCCAUGGAGUCCAUGGAAAGCUUAAAGGAUGUCCCCAGAGUUCUGCGAUGAUCCUUUAUCCGCAUAAAAUGUAUUUGCAGAAUUGUUUCUAAUCAGAUUGGUUGAAGGGAGGGGUAAGGGGGGCAGACCCAAGAACACCAGGUGUCGCACAGUAGAAGGAGAGGUGAAAGCCUGAAACAACAGUUAAGGCACUAUCACCAAGCCAGGAGUGGAGGACCUCGGUCGCUGUCCUAUAUUCUUGCUGGCUUAAUGAGAAGUAACCAUAAUAAUCUCAAAUCUUUUUCAUCACAACUGCUGUCAGUGGCUACUCAUGACUAUGAGAUCAGGUUGUUCAGUCUUUUCAUUGAGAGUCCUCCAAUUCUUAUGCAAAGUAGUAGGAAGUGUCUAAAUUGCGAUAAAUCUACCACAACAGCCUGAAAAAAAUACUGUUCUAAAAAUGUGUAAAAUAUUUCAUUCUAUUUCCUGAGCUUUGAUCAGUUAUACUUGACAUGAAAACGUUGGCAGAUGUCUCAGGCGCCAGAUCAAAUGUGCCUAUAUACAUAUAUAAAGUAUACCUCCUUUAUCCUCUGAACGAAAAAUUAAACAUAGGAGAGGAGUAAGUUUAGUUGAGAGAGUCAUUUUCUUAAGAACACAAAGGAAUUGGCCAGAAAUCAAUUAUUUAUAAAAUUUCUGCCCCCAUAAAACCCUGUUGAGUAACAUACUGUAAAUGUACUCCCAUCGGAGAGUGAAGCGACGCUAGUAAAGGAGAUUAAGAAAAGGCAAAGCUUACUUUGCGACAUAAUGAAAAGGGCUGGUCAUUUGUAAUUAGGCAUGAGCCCUCUUCCUGAUGUUAUCUUGUGUAAACGAGUAUUACAUCUAAAGAUUGGAAAAUAUUGUUAGCUUCUUGCAAGACAAAAAAGCUUAUUUGUAGCAUAUGCUAAAUACGACGAAAAACAAUGAAAAAUUAAUGAUUGUCAUCUUUUAUUCGUGACAUAUUUAUCUUUUCAUUACAGUAGAGAAAAUAUAUAACAAUAAGCUAUGUGUUAAGGUUUUUAUUGGCUAUAUCCUCCUAGAUUCCAAGGCUCUAGCUCGUCAAAAAAAAGCUAUCUGUGCUCGAACGACGACUUCUCUCCAAGGCUUAAACUCAGUUCUGGCAUUUGAAAGCUAUGCGUGUGUCAAUGAAAACACCCUUUGAUAAGAUAAACAGUAUUCGGUUAUUUGCUUGUUUCUAAUUAAAAAAUAACACAAGUUAUAACAUAGCUAGUAAAUUUGUCUAAUCAAAUUCAAUUGCGCGAGCGUGCUUCAUAUUCCUAUUGUGCACGCUCAUGACGUCAGCAAACAAAUCCCUCGCGAAAAAAAAUUUUCCAUCGGGUUGAAAAUGUUUUAAAACAGUUGGUUCAUACAUCAGCGUGCGUUCAUCGAGAUAUGAAGCACGCGGGAAGUUUGGAGAGCACGAAAGAGGCGUAAGAGUUGCUCGAGGCGUAGCCGAGAGCAACUCUCGCUUCUUGAGCUGACGUAUGAACCAAUUGUUAAUUUUCGCAGUGUUGAGUUCUUAAGGUUCUUAGGGUUCAAUUCUUAAGGUUUGCAAGGUUUAGUUCUGAGAUUCGUGUUCCGUUUCUUCACACUAUGCACUCAAAGAUUUGUAAUUUUAAUUUUUUUACUACACAUUAACCUUUUAAAAAUAAAGUCAAUCUUGAGAACUGUGUUUGACUUCAUAUGCACAUAUAUCAACCCUACCGUUUGUCCGCUACCAUUUAUGUCAUGAAAAAUCUACGGAAAAAAAACGGUCUGUUGCAUUGUAGGUCAUUGUGAAAUCACUAACAUACCAAGCAACCAUUGGAAGGCAAAUAGUCUACCUAGAACAAAGGAAACGCUUGCGAAAUUAAUUUCACCGAAUUUUUGAUGAUGAGCCUUCGCUAUAAAGGUAUAUUGAUAGAAUCUGUUUGCCAAAACAUUCUUUCCUCGAGGAAGACUCCAAAGGUAUUUUUCUGCACAUCUUGGUUAAAACAUAGCGAAUGCCAUUUUUCUUCAAGCAAAGAAUUUCACUUAUCCUAAAUGAUAACAAAUCGCCAUUGCUGCUAAAGGAUAAUGAAUUCGAAAUAAAUGCAGUGCUAAAUAGCGCAUACACACGCUGAACACUGACAAAACCGUGCAUCCAUGUUCAUUUUUAUUCAAAAUUUCAUUUUUCUCCCUCAGAGAAUGCAAUGCAACAAGCGUCAUUGGAGUAGCUAAUAGUGGGUUCAUGCUGCCGUAUACUCUUGUGUUUCUUUGUUCAGUUUUCGGUAAUUCGCUGACCUUUUGAUAUCAGUAUUAAGGCUGAUAGAAAUUUCACGGCCUACAAACUAUUUCCUUGGAUAUCUUGGUUUAGCAACCUUGUUGGAACCGUUACUUACAAGUUAUACCUCUCGUUGUUACUAAUUCCACCGAAUUUUCAUGUUGGCUCUUGGUAAUGAUUGCUGUGGAACGCUUUUAUGCAGUAACUUGCCCUUUGCAAAUUUCUCCUCUGUCUUGCAAUUUCAAAAAACAUUCAUUUUUGGGAUAUGCAUUUGGUGUUCAGCUUCUUCCAUGGACAUCAUUGUACAGAGAUUCAUGGAGAACAUUGAGAACAUCACUAUUUCAGUGUACGAAGUUGGAUGUAAUCGGUAACAUUAGAUUUGCUGAACUCUGUACUGCCUGUCUUCAAAUAUCAUUGUGCCUAUGUACGAAAUCGUGUGCUAUAAACCGUGGUUUCGUAAGGCUCCAGGAGAAGGUGUCAGAGUCAAAGCCAAUCUGAGGCCAUGAAUACAGCAAAAAGAAUCACGGUUAUGAUAAUUUGCAUCGUGCUGUUAUAUGUAAUCUGUUGGAUUAUUCCAGUUAAAAUACUAAUAUUCGAUUACUAGACCACACCGUUACAUGAUAGCGUUUAUCGACUACUUGUUAAUACAACUGUCCUUUUCAGCUUCUUUAAUCCUUUUUUUUUAUUUCACUUUUAUUCAGAACUUUCGAACUGCUUCUAAAGGUCUGUUUGGAAACUGUUUACGAGGGUUAAAAUUAAUCGAUUCCUUCCCAUACGAUCCCAAAGUAUAUAACUGCAGCAAAUCUAGUUAAGGUCGUAGAAUUGUUAAACUCACUGCGGUUGCCUAUCCUUAAGCUCGCUCAAGACAUACUGAAGAGAAGUCUAUGGUCUCCAGCCUUGCAAAUUUUCUGGUUCAGAAUGAUUGUUUUCAGGUAGGCUGGAAAUAAUCUUCGCCAAUUUGCUAAUUCCAUUCCUACUUUGCACCGACGUAUGCCCUGUUUCUACUUGAUUUCGAAGAUACCUACGCCAGAAACAACAUCACGCACCAUUUCUCUUCAAACAUGUUUUCAUGAUAUCAAUAUUUCAGAACUCAAAUCUUUGUCAUAAUAUAUACGCUAUUUACAAAUCAUAAUAAUUGGCAAAAAUUAUGCGUGAUCUUUCCUCAUUACCCACCCUCUUCCCUGACGCGAAUCAGAACUGGAAACGUCUCUAUUCGGAUUACCAGAUUCAUAAUCAAAAUAAAAUUGGUCAAAAGUCUAGUAAUAAAUUUCGAAUCCGCACUUUUCCAAUCAGUGAAUUAACACUACUUUUUAUUAUUGAGGUCUCGUAUUCACUUUGCCUUUAACAGCCUUGUGAAGCUAACAACGACAGAGCAUAUAAUUAAAGAUAUGCAAAUAACCCUGUAUUUUAUGUAAUGAAGGAAGUCGUUUAUUUGUGGUCGGAUAGAAUGGGACUUUUGACAUAUUCUUGUGUUAAGGUAGGUUCAAACUAAAAGCCUGGGAAACAUUGCCAGCUUUCUCAGAGAAAAGAAAAAUACUAAUUCAUGGUACAUAAUAAACAAAGGAUGCGUGCAUGCUUAUAUGUCAGACAGGAGAAAUGUACCAAAUGGAUAUGAAUAAUUUUAUAUAUUUACCAAAACAAUUGUGAUUUCAACAUGCAUAUUUUCAUCACAGUAAGAAAACACUGAUGAUAAACCGAUUGCUUUGUUAUGUAAAACUCCAAGGUAAAUUUCGCUUGCUUAAUACGAUAGCAUAAAAUUAUUACUCUAGCAAAAAGAUAAAAGAGAAAGAAAAGAAAAAAUUACAUUUAUGAAAAGUUAAGUUGAUUAAAACUGUUCCAUAAAUGAAGCCGAACAAUCAAUCUCGAAUCCUCGUAGUUUCACAUUUAGAUUGUGGCCUAAGGAUUACGUAACACGCAAUAAAAAAAAUAGCCCAAAGCAAUAAAUCUAAAGUUUGAUUAGUAAUGUUAAUAAAACAAAAUAUAAUAAAAAUAAAACAAUAAAACAAAACAUACGCCAAAGAGUUAAAAAGACAUCGCCAUUUCAGUGCCAAUACAGACCUGUGCACAUAAAUAUUAUGCAACCCGGAUACAAAAGUUUAUGCACAUCGAGGGCAACAACUACUAAGAUCACGAGACCGUGAGAAAAUAAGUUAGGCAAACAAAUUUAAUUUCCUAUUUUGUGAACCCCCUUGGCUUUUUCAUUUGGUCCACGCGGGAUGCUUUUCAUUCAGCUGACAAAGAACGGGAAAUAAUAUAUUUCACAUUAAAAUAACAAACAUUACUUUCUAUUGACAACUCCUAAUGAUAAUUAGUUAAAAGCACAAGUGGUAUUAUUGACUCUCUGAAACUAGACCGAUCUAUUGGCUGCACGAGAAUAUAUCCAUGAAAAUUUAAUGCUGAAGUAAUCAUCCAAAAUGGAUAAAUUGCGAACAGUGUAGCGUGCUUUUGGAGAGGGUGUUGAAUCUUCGAGAAAAGAGGUAGACAUUACUUCUUACGAGUAAUUUCUGUAGUGUAUUGGUAAUAGGCUUGUUUUCACGUUUUUUGGUAUUUCCCUGCCUCGUAUGGCCAAGGUAAAGUAAUGUUCCUUUUAAUGUCACUAUAUGCAGCUCGGAAUCAUUUUUCUGACCUCAUUGAUGUAAAUGAAGGAAAUUUUUAUAGAAAACGUUGUGCUAAAAGCUUUGAAAAACCUUGAAUUUUUACACAGCUCUCAAAAUCGAUCAGUCACAUCGAAUGAAAUUACUUGAAUUCGUUUGAAUACCAACAACAUAAUAUGCUCAAGGUUAAGUGCAAAAAUUUAAUUACGUAAUACAAGUGUGAAUAUACAUACAUUUUUUUCAUACAGUGUGAGAUUAAUUUACAGGAAAACAGUGACGGUCUGGAAAUUGUGGAUAUCAAUGGCGUCUCGUGAAGAAAACGAAACAAAAUGUAAGAAGUUUGACAGUUUCUUGUUAUUUUAAAUUUUGAUUGUAAAGCUGCCGUAAAGAACUGAGUAGGUGGAUUAGGUCACGUGUUUGAUGUUACGUAAGAGCUGAGUUACGUGAUGGAAAUAUUAUGUAACCGAGAUCGUGCAGCCUUAGUAAUGUAACCGAGCUUUGAGGAGUGUAAUCUUACCAACGAGCAUUGCUUUGGUUAACAUCAGGGUUUUUAUUUUUCUUUACCAAGGAUGAACGUUUAAGGGUUGAAAUUGAAUAUACUUAUAAAUUUGAAGAAGUUCAAAGUAUGAUAAUGAAAAAGCAAACAAUCAAAACGUUUGGAGGCUUGUGUUGUACCGAUUCCCCAGCUAUAAAGGACUUGUUUACCUGGAGGUGGGGGAACCCAAGUAGUGAGGUAACCCGCCUAGCUGUGGCAGCUUUUAUUUUCAAUCUUAUAACCCCGGGAUCUCGAGUUGAGGUUUCUAGAGUUUCUUGACGCGCUUUAAAAAUACGACACGAACGCAAGCCCGUUGUAAAAAAGGAUUAAUUUACGAAAAAGAGGUUAGAGUCCAAACUCUGGGGGAAAUACUUAUUAAACUUGUCAAAUAAACCACAACAUUUAGCUAAAAUAAAAACUCCGACACUUCUCAAAAUUCCAAACAAAGGGGUAACAAAUUUGCGCGAAUAAAAGCUAAAAGACAACUAACCUAACUCCGUUAAAACAAAACAAGAAAAGUAGGCGAAAAAUGUCCAGGUCAGUUUUCCAAUGUCCAGGUUAGGGUUCCUCGACGUGAUUGGCUAAUUUGUGAAAUCACGCGCGCCGUGCGUGAAUACAAAAAAAAAUACAAAGGGGGGGAGGAAGGGACAAUGAUUGUAGUUUGAAAUUUAAAAAAAGAAAGAGAUUUUCUACAUCCGGCUAGGCGGUGAACCCCUCUUUAAAACGUUUACAUAACAAACUACGACCCCAGUCAGACAGGGUUUCUAUACCCGGUAGACCGGGCAACCUCCCUAGGCGGGUUACCCCACCUAUCACGCAAACGAGAUCAAGAUAGAACAAAAGAUUAUAAGAAAAGGCGGAUUACUUCAGCUCAGCAGGUUACUUCACCUACCUGGGGUCCUCCACUUCCAUGUUAACAGGAUUUGAGUCUCUUAAGUCUGGUAGUAAAACAUCAGAGCAAGUAAUCCGAAGGUUUGAGAUUCGAUUGUUUAUUGGAUGGCGACAAGACGAUAAUAAAUCUUUUGAUAUCAUACGUCUUGAUUUUUUUCUCUUCUUUGUUUUUGUUUAACUUCACGUAGGGAAUGUGACAAACAUUGAUGGAGAGCGUAUCCAGCUUGCCUGGCUGAUGUAUUCAGCGUACAUCAUCGUAUUUCUGGUGUCAAUAUUCGGCAACUCAGUUCUAAUAUUAAUCAUCAGAAGAAGCAAAUCUAUGAAGAGCACCACUAACUUCUUGAUUUUGAAUCAAUCAUGCUCGGAUUUACUGGCAACGUUUUCAAGGGUAAUCUAUAUAGCGGUGAUACAAGAUAUUUCCUUACGCAAAUUAUGGUUUGGGGGAAUUUCAGGCCAAGUCACGUGCAAGUUAUUUCUCACGUGCCUUUUUGUUCCACGCAAUUUUUCAGUUUUGAUUCUUGUGGCGAUAGCUAUAGAUCGCUUUUUUGCCGUCACCCAGCCGUUCAGGCGGUCGCCUCUAUCUCAACACCUCAAGAAAACCAUAGUGUUGCUGUGGCUAUGGUGCAUUGUUGCUUCGUCUUAUAUGCUUGUUAAGGGAACCGUGAAAAACAUCCAAGAUUCAUUUUACUGCGACUACAACGAAAACCCUGAUAAUAUAUUCAACGAGUGGAAAGAAUUCAACGCUUCUGCUAUUAUUAUUUUAUGUAUUCUGCCUGUGUUCAUAGUGGCAGUUUUAUAUACCAUUGUAUGUUACAAAUUGUGGUCACGUGAGGUCCCAGGCGAGCAAACCAAUCACAGUCAAGCAUCAGCGGAGGCCUUAAAGACCGCAAAGAAAGUCACCAAGAUGAUGGUAGUUGUUGCGGCGUUAUUUGUUUUGUGUUGGUUUCCAUACUAUUUGACUUUAGUGGUGCAGUUUACUGGUCAUGGAAAAAGAUAUUAUAAAUCAGAGUUGAGCCUCGUUUGGUUAACCGUUGCUUUCAGCGGUUUCAAUCCUUAC